GUGUCUAUGCACGCUACCCCACCCCCACACACAUGCUCUAAUGCCGCCAAUCUGCCUUGCAUUGGUUAACACACAGUAGCAUUGGUAGUAUAGUCAGCGGUGGAGAGGUAUAUGACUUCUGUAUAUGUUUCCUAUAUUCCUGUGGUCGCGGGAGAUAUAUAUCCACGGUGGAAGUAUAUAUAUGGUUUGGUUGAGCUGGUGAUGCUGGGGAUUAAUUGAGCUUUGGAUAAUCUAUGAAGGAUAUUAUCAAAGCUUUGAGCUUCAAAUUGGAGGAUUCCUCGACUUGUGUUACAAGUAUUCAGCAGGUUGGCCUGAGGAGCAUGUUCUUUUGAAUAGACUUCAGAAUCCACAUGUGUUUGGCUUCAUACUCUUGUGUUAUUGAACACCUCCACGUCUUGCCGAAAUCAACAGUCGCCCAAACAAGUGGUUGAUCUCAAAUCCAGCUCUCCUAGAGGAUAUUCUUCAUCUAUCCUGUAACGCCUUGUCGAUACCUCGCAACAUCUCGCCCUGAAAACUUGCUGUCAACUUCUCCUCUCAGUCGCAUCGACGCCAUGCGAUUAGCCCACUUUUGUAUCUACAUGUAAAUUUCGGCUGAGCGCUAAUUCCUGUGCAAUUAUCCUACCUCAACCCCCACCACGGACCUGCAAUAGCUGAUUAAUGUUUGGAAUCGGCAUCUGUCGUUUGACGAGUGAAGCCUCCUAGAGUCAUAGAAAGCAGCCAUCUUGGAUGUUGAUUUCAUCAAUUAACAUACCCACCGUUGUCUCACCGUCUAUUGCGUACUUCCCUCCCCCUCACUGAUGUGCAAUCUACAACUAAAGUUGUGAAUUUCCUCUUUCUCAAACUACCACCUCAUAACUUUGUGAAUUGUCCUCGGCCGUGUACAUCUGUACGUCGUUUGGAGAUAUACAAGGAAUUUUCGCCAUAAAGCAUUUGAGAUUCUUGUGGAUUAUUAUUACUACCUAACUUGCCGGGAGCGGAAAGAACGGCAAAAUGACGACCCCGUCCAAAUUCAGAAAUGUACCAAAGACUGCUCAGAAUCGUCUUUUGAUCAAGGGAGGCAAGGUGGUGAAUAGUGACACAUCCUUCUAUGCAGAUGUGUAUAUGGAAGAUGGCAUCAUUCGGCAAGUCGGUAAGGACCUCAUCACACCAGGAGGUGCCAAGGUCCUGGACGCUAAGGGCAAGCUUAUCAUCCCCGGUGGUAUCGACACCCAUACUCACAUGCAGCUACCCUUCAUGGGAACCUGUGCUAUCGAUGACUUCUACCAGGGCACCAAGGCUGCUCUCGCUGGCGGAACUACCAUGAUCAUUGACCACUGCCUGCCAACCAGAGGUCAAUCUCUCGUUGAAGCCUACGACCAAUGGCGUGCCUGGGCUGACCCUAAGGUCUGCUGUGACUACUCCCUUCACGUCGGUAUCACCUGGUGGAGCGAGAGUGUCCAGAAGGAACUCAGCGUCAUUGCUGAAGAGAAAGGAAUCAACUCUUUCAAGAUGUUCAUGGCCUACAAAGACGUCUUCAUGCUGCAAGACUUUGAGCUGUACAGAGCGUUUGCUGCCCUCAAGGAACUUGGUGCUCUCCCAUUGGUGCAUGCAGAGAAUGGUGACAUCAUCGCUGAGAACACAAAGAAGCUGUUGGAAUUGGGCAUCAGCGGACCUGAAGGUCAUCUUCAGAGCAGACCAGAGGAUGUUGAAGCAGAAGCAGUGAACAGAGCCAUCUGUAUCGCUAACCAAGUCAACUCUCCUCUCUACGUCGUGCAUGUCAUGAGCAAAAGUGCUGCAGAUGAGAUCUCUAAAGCAAGGAGACAGGGUAAGGUGAUCUUUGGUGAGCCUAUUGCAGCUGGCCUAGGUACAGACGGGACAAACUACUUCCAUCAUGAAUGGCUCCACGCUGCGGCUCACGUUAUGGGACCCCCUCUACGACCAGACCCCACCACUCCCGGCUAUCUCAUGGAUCUACUUGCCAACAACGACCUGCAGCUGACGGGAACCGAUCACUGUACCUUCAAGUCUGAGCAGAAGGCCAUGGGGAAGGACGACUUCACCAAGAUUCCAAAUGGAGUCAAUGGUGUAGAGGACAGGAUGUCUGUCAUCUGGGAGAAGGGCGUGGAAACCGGCAAGCUUGAUGAGUGCCGCUUUGUGGCUGUUACAAGUACCAAUGCUGCCAAAAUUUUCAACAUGUACCCAAGAAAGGGUGUGAUCCAAGUAGGGUCAGAUGCUGAUGUGGUCAUCUGGGAUCCCAUGGCAACAAGGGUCAUCUCCAAGGAGACGCAUCACCAGGCUGUAGACUUCAAUAUCUUUGAGGGUAUGGAGUGCCACGGUGUUCCUCUCACCGUCAUCAGCAACGGCAGAGUGGUGUUAGAAGAUGGAGAGCUGCACGUAUCCCAAGGAGCCGGUCGAUUCAUCUCUCGUCCACUUCAUGCUCCGGAGGCUUACUCAAGGAUCAGUCAAAGAGAAAAGGUCAAUGCUUACAAGCGCGUCGACCGGGACGGCUACGAGGGUCCGAUCCACAAGAAUACAGGCCAGCCGGUCCAGAACAACUACCGCAGGACUGGCCCAUCCCCUCAGCAGUCCGAUGAACCCGCUCAACUGAACAAGCACGGAGGACGUGACCUCCAUAGAUCAGGCUUCUCUCUGUCAGGUAGCCAAGUUGAUGACAGGAAGGACAAGAGGAGCGGCCAGAGGAUUAUGGCGCCCCCAGGUGGUGCGUCAAGCCUCUCCUUCAACUAGACUCCUACCGGUAUCAUAGUGCUACGCCCUGGUAUCAUAGUGCCACGCCCUGGUUUCUUACAACUACGCCCUUUAUGCAUAGAGAAAUUGUAGCAAAAGAAAUGUAUUAAUGGAUUUUUAUGAUUAUGCCUAGCUGUUUCGUGUGACCUAUUUUUUUCCUUUUCUGUAUCUGUGGUCGUCGCAAAGGUACAUGGCCAGCUUUCACGACUGGUGUUACGAUAAAAGUUAGUUGGGGCGAAAGGAUGCACCGUGUGGUUAUAUUGGAAUGCUCUUGUAAAUAGGAAUUGGGACAGAAGGGACACGUACCAAAGGUUUAUAAAAUUGCUUGUUUGCACUGCCUAAGUAAGGAAACUGUGAGGAAAAACGUAAUUCAUAUAAGGAUAUUCAAAAACUGUAAAUAGGUAAUUGGCAUGGGUUGAGUGACUGCCAAGUGUGGGUUUAAAUUAAAAGAAACAAAAUAUUUUGUCUGAAGAAUUGGAUUUGAGGCAAUUUGGAGACAACAGAAUGGUCAUUUACUGCCCUUUUGAAUUAAAAAUUGGUAUUCUGAAAUUUGAAGAAAUUACAGUUGUAAAAACUAAAUAAAAGAUGGCAAUUUGAUGGAUUUGAUGCAUGUAUUGAUGAAAGGAAUAGCUGGCAAACAGCCCAACGACAGAUUAUGAAUAUACCUGGUACAAUGUAUGUUCAGGAUUGUCCAAAGACGCGCAAGUUUUGUCCAAGGUACAAUUCUGAAGGAAAUCAUCUUUCUACCGUUACUAAUGGAGAUGGAUUUUAGAGGGAAAAAAAUGUGCACAAAUCGCUUCAUGUAUAGGUGCACUGUUGAUAUAGGUACAUUUGAACAAAGCCAAUGUGCUUGUGAGCUACACAAUGCAAAGUAAAAUUUAAAUCCUUUUUUCAUCUUUUGUUUUGAGGAAAAUGAUAGAGUGCUUUUGUUCUACAGAGCUUUCAAUAUACUCUUCAAAAUUCAUUCCAUUCUUUAUUUCAUUUAUAGUUACUUCAAAUUUGAAACUUUGAUGAAGGGCUUGUUCAACAGGAAGGAUAACAGUAAGGGUUACUUGUGAGAUCAAGAUUACUUGUGAGAUCAAGAUUACUUGUGAGAUCAAGAUUACUUGUGAGAUCAAGGUUACUUGUGAGAUCAAGAUUACUUGUGAGAUCAAGGUUACUUGUGAGAUCAAGGUUACUUGUGAGAUCAAGGUUAAUUGUGAGAUCAAGAUUACUUGUGAGAUCAAGAUUACUUGUGAGAUCAAGAUUACUUGUGAGAUCAAGAUUACUUGUGAGAUCAAGAUUACUUGUGAGAUCAAGAUUACUUGCUCUUACGUCAACUUACUUGCCCAGGUUCCAGGUAUCUAAUGAUAAGCUUGCUUAAUGGGGCAAGCUAUUUUUAACGGGCUUACCCUUUGGUAUGCAUAGGUUGCCCUGGAAAAGUGGCAAGUUGAUUUUUGUAGCGGUUUUAAAGUCAUGCAGCUGUUUUGCUCUGGGGGUCUGGUUUUUUCACAUAUGAACAAUCGGAUCGAUGUUAAUCACUUGUUUCUUUCUAAAGAAAGAUAUACAUCGUAAAAUAAAGGUUAAGCAUGAUUCACAACAAUAAAGGUGCGAUGUAAAAGGGAAAUCAGCGUGUGGGUAUUGUAUCAAUGGUACCGUACUUAAAACUUAACUUUUGGUUUUAAAUCAAUUAUUUACAUUUCUUUUUCUCUUUCAAAAUGUGAAGAUUUUUAUUACCUAUGUAAUGUUGAUUGAAAUAGGUCUAUAUUGGUUUGUAGAUAAUUUGACAUCAAAUGCUAUUAUAUAACAAAGGAUCGUUUUAUGUUCGUUUCGAUUAUCAUUUCUAUUCAAUGGUUACACUAAUUAGAUAGUACUAGUAUCGCUUUUUCAGUAGUUAGAUCAUUUUUAUACUGAAAACUGAAAGUAUUUGGCGAAUUUCAGAUGUUGUUCCAUCGAUGUUAAUUCUUCCCAGUUGUAUUGUUCGAGCGAUAGCAUUAUUUUUUCGUGUGCAUGUACGGCCGCCAAAAAUAUUAUGGAUCGUAGAUGCUCUCAGGCUAUGAAGUGCGCCCCCUACAGCCCAUCCAUGUAAGAUGUGGCCUUUGUAGACGAGGUGCUGUUGGCAUAGAAACGUUCACGGCAUGAAGCUUUCAUGGAUUGUUUAUGACGGCCGUUUCCAUGGCAAGAAACUCGCGAAUUGCAUAAAAUUCCUUGCAAUUCAACCAUUUUUCUUGCAUGAAAGUUCCUGAUUCUCAACUACUUGUGAUAGUUUUAUGCAUGUGAAGUUUCUGUGCUUACAGGUCAUACUGUGUAUUGUUGUCAUGAAAUGCAAGAGUUAAAAUGCAAAGCUUUUCUAUGCAGAUGAGCUCAUUUGCCACAGGUAUACACAAUGUACACAUUUUAAAGGUUUUCAGAGUGCAUUUACUACAGAGAGUUGCAUCAAUGGGGUACAGAGGUCAAAUGAUUACAUACGCUACAUGUAAUGUAAACCCUGGACCAUUCAGAGAUCACUUCCUGUGGUGCAACUCUCCUACAUACAAAAAUGUCUUCAAUUCGGCGGUUCGUGUGCAUAAAAGAACAUGUUUAAUGUAAAAAAGAAGCAUUGUAAAAAUGAUGGAUGAAAGUGAGGCAUUUCAAAUUGCAGAUGAAAAUCUCACCACUGUUGUAAAGCUACCAUGUACAAGUAUGAUGAAAAUGAUAACUUUGCACCGCUUUGAAUGUUAGCAAAAUCACUUGAAAGAAAACCAAAACUAUGAUAGAUAAUUGAUGUUGUAUAUAGAUCAUUAUGCCUUGUGGAAACUACUUAAAUUCUCUUUCUUCAUAUAUUUCUCUCUCUAUAUCUCUCUUUCUGUCUUUUUCCUGCACCGUCUCUAUAAACUGUAUAUAUUCAUUAGAUGUGUCCGUAGCGCAAAGUUUUAGUAGUAUGGAGUUUGUGACUGCCGAAAAAGAAGAAACUGAGCAAAAAUAUACUUCGUAGGGAGAAAUAAAAGAGUAUUGCAUGUCAAUUAAAUGGAUCUGUUUGACUUCAUUACUGACUAAAAAAUAAAAAGUAUUAAAUCUGGCACAUCCCUCCGUUAUAACUGAAUAAAGGCUUGAUGAAUAUGUAAUGGACUUGGGCAAAAUUUGUAUGUACUGUUACUUCCAAUUCAGCAUUUUCUCUAUGGAAUUUAAAUUAAAUUAAUCACGUCUCUCAAAAUUGUUCUUGGUGAAUUUCUGUCUGUGUGAACGAAAAAUCAUACAUAAUCAUUUUUUUUUUGGUGGCUGAAAGCAUAUAUAGUAAUUAUUUAUCAAUGAAUCAUGCUUAUAAAAUUACAUGACGAUAAUUCCAUGUAUCGUGAUAUUUGAAGUAUAUUUAUAGGCAAAUGUAACGUUUCACGUUGCGUAAAUGCAUGCCCGCUGCUAUACUGUAUGUCAUUUGAGUGUAUAUUAAUAGGAGUAUGUUAUUUAUACAUGAAAAUGUUUUUUGCAUUCCCCUGCCCAAUAUGUAGAGCAAAAAAAGUUCUAUAUGUGCAUUAGUGUGACGUGUCUGUAGUAAUACAUUGUAGCAUUGAAUAUACCAAAUUCGGUCUGGGAUGUAACACAGAGACGUAUAUGUUUCCAUUGAUUUGCUAACAGUCAUCUUUUAAGUCUGUAAAAAAAAAAGAUAUUCUUCAAAUUUGUUGUGGUUUGUCCUGCAUUGUGGUGUGUUUUGCCUAUAAAAGUAAUUUUGUUUUUAGAGAAAAAAAUUAAAUAAAUGAAUGUUGAAAAGCUGGAA